AUGUCUCCGGAGUUGCUUUCUUUGCUCCAGCAAGCGUUCCGCUCUCCCCGGCGCACCGCCUCCCCGUCCACACGGAUCAUGGCUGAAGCAGCUCCGCCGACCGGAAUGGGGAACCGCCAACUUCGUGAGUGGAUACAGGAAUGGGGCAGUGCGUGGGAUUUCCUCGGCCUCGCCCCCGGCAGCGCCAUGAGUGAGGUUCUUCGCGCAUACAAGCGCACGGCGGUCCGCCUCCACCCGGACAAAAGUCCACCUGAUGAGGUCGAAAUGGCCACUGUGCGCAUGCAGGCCCUGGGGAAUGCCAAGGAGAUCCUCCUCAAUCCAAGCCUACGGAUUCUGCAUGACAAUAUCCUGGGCGUUGGCGUGACUGGUGGAACAGCCCCUCCUCCUUCGAGUGCCGCGCCGGAUGGUGGUUCUGGCGGCACCGCCCCGCACCAUGGUUGGUGGAAUCAGGCGCCUCCGCCAAAGGCCCCACCGACGAGCUCGAGUUCCUCGGCACCACCUCCUUCGAGCAAGAGCGCUGGGAAGGCGCCACCGCCAACUGGACGUGGACCUGGCCCGAGCACCUCGGCCCGCGGCGCGGCAAAGGGCAAGAGUUCUGCCGCCAAUGUGGUCACCAUCAGUACUGGGGAGAACCCUCUGGAGGCAAAGGGCCCACUGGUGAUGGAGAACCUCGGAGAUCGCAGUUUCUGGUGGCUGUAUCUUUCCCGUGUCGGAAAAUUACUGCUCGAGAUGCUGUAUUCCCAGGCCAGCGUGCAAGGCACCGCCAAAGGUGGAUUUGCGGAGGCUGUGGAGAACCUAAUGGUCUCCACCGAUAUGGGUGCAAUGGAUGUGGAGAAGUAUCAGUCAAGGCCAACCAAUGUGUGGGGUGCGGAUGCUGGCGCCCAAGGCCCACAGCGGGAAACCAGCGGCAACAGCCAGGGGAGCUUUUCAAGAUGGUGCGGGCACGGGAGGUCCCCCACCGGAGACGAGCAGAUGGAGGGAGAGCCUCAGGCGACACCGCCCUCUGCCGCUGCAACCUCACCUCAGCCACCACCACCUAUUCCGACACCGGAGCCCAAGUCGGUCUACUUUGCCAAGAAGGGUCUUGGAAAGGGCAAGGGCAUGGGCGCUCCGCCGGAGGGACCUUUGCCCCACACCCCGGCUGCCCCGAAGAGCUACGCCGCGAAUGUCGGCGCUCCGAAAGUCGCCCUAUGGCGAUUGUGGCUCCAAAUGGAGAGGGCUUUGUGGUUCACGGUGAGAGACCUGGACGAAACGACGCCUAGGCUGGUCCUUCCUUGGACCAUCUUCCAGCACGUCGUCAUGUCCCGCAGGGCCCUUUGUGGGUUGCAAUCAUGGGGCCGGGUGGGAGUCAUCUUCAUCCGACGCGUUGCUCAAGACAUUCUUCAUUGGGCACGCAGAAGAGGCCACAUGACCCGGAUUCAGAUGGCCAACAAUGGCAACCCAUGCUUCAUGGACUUGCAGGAGGCACAUCCCGAACCUCAAGGUGAUCUACCGCCCCUCAGUCCCGCCACGGGAGACCAUCGGCCCCUCUUUACGUUCCAGGAUUUUUUGCGGAACCCCGGCCUUGGGCAGCACUACCGGAACAACGAAGGACCGCCACGACCAGGUCGCACCGCGCUUCCCUGCAUCUAUUCGGCUCCAACUCGCCAGCUUCCUUUGGCAGAGUCAUAUGCGGAAGCAGACCGAGCCCAGAAUGUGAUGGGGCGCUGGGCUACGCAGAUCCUGGGUGAUGAGCCGGCAGUUCCGCCAGAUGAGGGCGCACCGCCUAAAGGCGAAGGUAAGGGUGAUUCCGCCCCAAGCUCGACGUCGAGCGGCAAAGGCACAGGGAACACCUUUAAAAAGGUCACUCACUGGUACUGCAAGAGGUGCUCUUAUGGUGUGCCCAUCACUCGCACCUUCUGCACCAUGUGUAGCCGACCCAAGGAUGAGUGUGUGGUGUCCGACGAGGAAGAGGAAGAGGACGAUGUGGCCCUCAACGAGGAGGAGCUCGCGGAGGUUGCCCGUCUUGAGCGAGAAUGUGCAGAGCUGGAGCAAAGGAUGAGAGGCCUCAACGCCGGCCAACAGAGGGCGCUCUUGGAGAAUCUCGCAAACAGCUCGAGUGCGGUGAUGGGAGGUCUGUUGGCGGACACCAUCAGGCGCACCGCCCAGCUGCGAGGCCAGAAAGGCAAAGGGGGUUCCAGCAAUGUCAAGGUGAGAGCCUCCAAUGAGACCGCUCGGAACGACCCCAAGUACGUAAAAGACUUGGAGGAAGGGGUCUCCAUGGCAGUAGCCUUCCAACGUCAUCGCUCUCGACUACGUGCGGUGCAACAUCAAGUGGCCCAAGGCAAUGUGGCGCUACAGCCCCGAAUGACCCCCGCACAAACUGUGAGGACGAUGCCGCCCAUGAUGAGCCUGGGCCGCGCUCACCGCCUGUAUCUCCUCAACAGGUUGGAAAGGUUGGAAAGGCAAGGAGUCACAUGGACCCAAGAAGAGGUGGGGAAUUGCUACACUAUGGAGCAAUUCCUGGACUACUUGGAGGCAAGAGUCGGUGCGGAGGCGGAAAGAGCCGAACCUACAACGGCCUCCAAAUCCGCAGGCGCUCCGCCACCUACAGGCGUACCGCCUCCCUCGGGUCCUACAGCGAGCACCUCGACGGGAACCUCUUCUGCACCAUCGGGUACAACCGCGGACGGGCGGCCAGAACCUCCCUCGCAUCGUUCCGAUCCUGCCCAAGAUCAAGCAGCAGGGCGGCCAGUGGAUCCAGACCAGGGGCACGAUCAGCCGGAAGCUCACCCCUCAGCCCCUUCUGCGACGUCUGAGGGAGGUGAGGCUGCAGGUGAUACCGCCCCAGCCGAGAGCGAUUUGCCUGCUGACGAUUCAGCACGGCGUUCCGCUGUGGAUGGUUUCCACCUUUGA